AUGUCUACCCUGACCCACGAUGACUACACAAUCGCGUGGAUAUGCGCCCUGCCGCUGGAGGUUGCAGCUGCUCGAGUUAUGCUGGACAAAACCCACAGUCCCCUACGCCAACCUCCUUCCGAUCCGAACGCCUACGAGCUUGGCGAACUGAAUGGCCGUUUGAUCGUCAUUGCCUGCCUACCGGCUGGCGUGUAUGGAACAGUCUCUGCUGCAGCUGUUGUAUCUCGCAUGCGCUCAACCUUUCCUCGGCUUCAAUAUGCGCUGAUGGUGGGAAUCGGGGGCGGAGUUCCAAGUAAAGCCAAUGACAUCCGUUUGGGCGAUGUGGUGGUCAGCAAACCGUCCGGGACGUACAGCGGGGUGGUCCAGUAUGAUUAUGGCAAGGCGAUUCAAGGCGGAAUCUUUGAGUCCAUUGGUACUCUGAAUAAGCCCCCACCGACGCUGCUGAUGCACAUGAGUCAACUUGAGCCAAAGCAAAUGACGGAAAGCAGAGAUGCGGUAUCAAAGAUUGUAUCGGAUGUUCUGCAGCGAAAUUCCCAUAUGAGCCAAACUUUUUCGCCCCCAGAGCAGGGAAUGGAUCUUCUUUUCCUCUCUGGUUAUCGCCAUGCCGCGAGGGAUGAAGGGUGCGAAAAGUGUGAUAAAGAGCAAUUAGUCCAGCGACAAGUCCGUGAUACGCGGUCACCUCACGUCCACUAUGGAUUAAUUGCAUCCGGGAAUCAAGUGAUGAAGGACUCGGAAGCACGAGACCGUCUAGGUCAGCGACAUGGAAUACUCUGCUUCGAGAUGGAGGCUGCCGGCCUAAUGGACGAGUUACCGACUCUGGUGAUCCGGGGAAUAUGCGACUACUGCGACUCACACAAGCAAAAAGACUGGCAAGGAUAUGCAGCCUUGUCGGCGGCCGCUUAUGCCAAACUGCUGAUAUCGAUAGUGCCUGCGCAGCGUACAGAUCUGAGCUUCGCAAACCAUAGAGUGCGACACUGGAUGGUCCCAUUCGCAAGGAAUCCAAGAUUUAUUGGUCGCCAGCACGAACUGGCAGAACUAGAAGAAAUGAUUUUAUUACAAGAUGGCCCUACUCGUGUUGCAAUCACCGGCCUGGGAGGGAUUGGGAAGACCCAGGUGGCGCUAGAAAUAGCAUACCGCGUACGGGAGCGAGACAAAGAAUGCUCGGUCUUCUGGGUCCCAUGUACUAGUCAUGCGAUGAUUGACCAGACUUUCUUGAGCAUUGCACAGGUCCUCGGAAUAUCAGAUGCGAGUCCCAGGGAGGUUAGAGAACAGAUCAAAACAUAUCUCAGCUCCGAGCGUGCGGGAAAAUGGCUUAUGGUUUUCGACAAUGCAGACGAUGCCAAGGUGUGCUUGGCAGGUGAGGAACAGACGGGCCAGGCCCUUGAGGAUUCUCUUCCCCAGAGUGAUCAAGGCCGCAUAAUAUUUACAUCCCGGAACUUGGAACUCGCAGUGGAUCUCGCUUUUUCGAAUAUCAUCACUAUUCCAGAUAUAGACCCAGAAACUGCAACGCUGAUCCUACAGAAGUCAUUGGUACAGAAAGAGCUACUCAAUGACCCGACGGUAACGGCUGCUCUUCUCGAGCAGCUGGCAUACCUUCCAUUAGCGAUCAUACAGGCAUCAGCAUAUAUCAACAAAAAGCGCCUUGACCUCUCUUCGUAUUCCGCGCUCUUACAAGAGACCGAAGAAGAAGCCAUUGAGCUCCUAAGCGAAGACUUUCGGGAUCCUGGUCGUUAUAGGGACAUUCAAAAUCCUGUUACAGCCACUUGGUUAAUAUCAUUCCAUCAAAUCCAACAGCAAGACCAACUAGCAGCGGACUAUCUAUCCUUCAUGGCCUGUGUUGGCCCACGGAAGAUCCCUCAGUCUCUUCUUCCAUCACAAACAGCUAAGAAACAGACAGACGCUUUGGGGCUACUACAUGCGUACUCCUUUAUCAACAGAGAAGAUACAAAUAUUAUCAUGCACAGACUUGUGCAUAUCGCAUCGAGGAACUGGCUCAGAAAGAAUGCGCUGUUCAGAGACUGGAUUCACAGGGUGGCCGAACAAAUCCAACGGGUAUUUCCUGAUGACGACUAUUCUAAUCGACCGCUGUGGCGCGAAUAUCUUCCCGCUGCUCUGAGCCUAGUGCGAGAGGAGGCGUUUAAGGAGCUCCAAAAAGACUUUAUCUUGUUGAUGGGGAGGAUGGCAGACUGCCUUGCUAGCGAUGGACGAUUUGAUGAGGCGGAGAUACUAUACGCCAAGUCAAUGAGAAUAAAUACGGAGAGGAGAGGCUCUGAGGAUCCAGCUACUCUGACAAGCAUGGCAGGCCUGGCAUCAACGUACUGCAGUCAGGGACGCUGGAGCGAGGCUGAGAAGCUGAACUUGCAAGUCAUAGAGACAAGCAAGAGAGUGUUCGGUGUGGACCAUCCCGAUACUCUGACCAGCAUGGCAAAUCUAGCAUCAACCUACAGAAAACAAGGACAUUGGAAUAAGGCGGAGAAGCUGAACGUACAGGUCAUGGAGGUAAGGAAGACAGUGUUAGGUGCGGAGCAUCCUGACACUCUGACCAGUGUGGCGAACCUGGCAGCAACAUAUUGGAAUCAAGGACGUUGGAGUGAGGCCAAGAAGUUAUAUGUACAGGUUAUAGAGACAAUGAAGGCAGUGCUUGGGGCUGAGCAUCCGAACACUCUGACCAGCAUGGCGAACCUUGCCUUUAUCUGGAAAUCUCAGGGGAGACUUGAAGACUCAUUGACCAUGUUGAAGAAAUGUUGCCGGUUACGCACCAAAGUUUUAGGGGCUGAUCAUCCUGAUACCCAAUCCUCCUCUCGCGCUAUCGCAAACUUGGUGAAUGAACACAGGGUAUCCCAAAGUCAGCGUCUCCAGUCAGGUACCACUGAAUCUGGACGCUUGCGACAACCGUAG